AUGCAUGGAGAACGUGAAGGACUUUUCGGAUUUCUUGCCAUCGAUGUACAAUCAACUGUUUCGAAUUCUUCCUCUACGAUUUUUAUUUCAUCACACCAUCUUAUGUUUGAUUUCGAAUUUGGUAAUGCUCGUUAUGCCAAAAGUUUUCAUGUCGGUGACCAAGUUCAGUUGAUCGAGACUGCUCAAGUAGUUUCUGGCAAAAUUAUUAAUAUUCGACCAAUAAAACAGAAAGGAUUUUAUGCUCCGCUGACUCCAUCUGGUACCAUUGUUAUUGAUGGAGUAUUGUGUUCGAACUAUGCUAUAGUAGAGAAUCAUGCCUUGGCUCAUAAAGUGAUGAGUAUUUAUCGAUGGUGGAUCAAUCUUGUCGGUGCACCUGUAUUAAGCAAUCGACUACCUUGGGUGUUACAAGUCAUGUACAAUGUAGAAAAAAUGAUGGGAUUUAGUAAUUGGGGAACAUUUUUAACUAGUUAUGUUUGA